AUGGCAACGGAGAUUUCCUCCCAUCGUUUGCUCUCCUAUCACCUAUGGCCUCUUGGUCGCCAACCCCUCGCCAUAGCCCAUGGAUGUGCUCUCCUACGAGCUUUGACCAGGUACCAUGGGUUUUCAGUCCUCUUUCAACAUCAUUGGUAUCGUCACUUUUUGGCUGACAGUGUCCCUCCAGUCAUCGAGUUUCGUGGGCCAACAACAGCUUUCCAGAGCUUUCUUAGGCCGAUGAUGAACGAUCGUAGCAAAAAUGACGAUACCGAAAAUGACGAUACCGAUGAUCUUUUGUCCCAGUCAUGCAAGUGA